AGCACUCCGGGCGGGCGGCUUUGGGAUCCGCCGACUACAUCCAGCUCAGAGGCAGAGUUGAGGGCAGUUGGAAUGUCACCCCUCUUGGCUUUGGGGCUCCUGGUGGCUGGGCUCUGCCCCACUGUCCGCUGCCUCCUGGGGGGCAGGCUUGGCCCCGAGAUAGCCACCCAGGAGGUGCAACACACUGGGCCGCCCUUGGACAGCCUCCGAUUGGCCUCCAGCAACACUGCCUUCACCUUCAGCCUCUACAAGCGGUUGGUUUCAAAGACCCCCAAUAAGAACGUCAUCUUCUCCCCGCUGAGCAUCUCCACCGCCUUGGCUUUCCUAUCCUUGGGGGCCCGCGGCACCACCCUCACGGAGAUCCUCGAAGGCCUCAAGUUCAACCUCACGGAGACCCCCGACACGGAAAUCCACCGGGGCUUCCAGCACCUUCUGCAGAGCCUCAGCCGGCCCAGCGACGAGCUACAGCUGAGCGUGGGCAACGCCAUAUUUGUCAGCGAGGGGCUGAAGCUGCUGGAGAAGUUCAGGGAAGAUGCCAGGGCGCUCUACGCCUCCGAGGCCUUCUCCACCGACUUCCAGGACUCGGCUGCCGCCGAGAAGCUUAUCAACGACUUCGUGAAGAAUAGGACCCAGGGGAAAAUUGUGGACUUGGUCAAGGACCUUGACCUGCACACAGCAAUGGUCUUGGUGAACUACAUCUUCCUUAAAGCCAAAUGGAAGACGCCCUUCGACCCCCACAACACGUUCGAGGCGAAGUUCCACGUGAGCAAGAGGAGGAGGGUGACGGUGCCCAUGAUGGACCUCGAGGACGUGGAGGUGCCUUACUUCCGGGACGAGCGGCUGGCCUGCACCGUCGUGGAGCUCCAGUACGCCAGCAACGACAGCGCGCUCUUUGUUCUCCCCGACCAGGGCAGGAUGGAGGCCGUGGAGGCCGUGCUGCAACCAGAGACGCUGAGGGGGUGGAGACACUCACUGCGGCUGAGGUGGAUAGACCACCUGUACCUGCCCAAGUUUUCCAUCUCCAGCAGCUAUAAUCUGGAAGCCAUACUCCCCCAGCUGGGCGUGACGAAAGUCUUCACCAACCAGGCCGACCUGUCGGGAAUCACGGGGGAGAGGAACCUGGCAGUUUCCCAGGUGGUCCACAAGACCGUGCUCGACGUGACCGAGGUGGGCACGGAAGCAGCGGCGGCCACGGGAAGCAAAAUUAUGUUGAUGUCUGGAAAAAUUGGCCCACUGACCACUGUGCGUUUCAACAGGCCGUUUCUGCUGUCCAUACUCAGCAAAGACACCCAGGACAUCCUCUUUUGGGGUAAAGUCGCCAACCCCAAUCAAGCCUAGGGCCCCCCCUCUGAGGUGCCGGGCGCCCGGGUCUCCAGACGCAGCCUGGCCUCUGCGCACCAAGGAGCCACCUGCCAGGCCCUGCCUGGCUCAUCCUUUAGACGGUGACCGUGACUCUGCCUGGUGGCUUCCACCUGCACAGGGAGCUUGUGGACUUUUUGAUCGGCGGCUCUGAGACCUCCAGACAGCAAUAAACCACCUUUCUCGGACAGGACGCUCUCCUUGUGCCUUUCUACCCUGACCUGCCUGACUCCACGGCCCUGCAGCUGCCUGUGCCCAGGGGCCAAGCUCCAGAACCUUCCACCGGGCUCAGUCUCACCCAGGCUCUGGGCCCCUCUGCUUGCGGCACUCGUGGCCAAGCCCACCUGGACCUCAGGCCCGGGACGGGAGGAGAGCCUGCGGCCUGGUUGUCUUCUGUGGGCUCCCCUGUCCCGGGUUCCAGUCUCGCUUUUUUUCCCUCCCCUGGGCCCAGAUGUGUCUACGCAUGGACCCCCACCCCCGACCCUGACCACAUCUGGCACAGCCCCUGGACCUCUGGCUCCCGGGCCUUCUCUCCUCCGGGAUGCCUCCUUUCACCGCGCCCCCCCAGCAUGCCCAAUCCAGGGAGAAGAGCUGCUUUGUAGGUUCCCGGCCGGAGUUCCUCGCCUGCUUCACCAGUCCUGAGUCCUCUCCAACAGAUGGAACCCUCAGCAAGCAAAUGAGGCAUAAAAGGACAACUGCAGUUAAAACCUAUAGGUGAUUCUGAGCCCCAUUUUAUAGAUGAGGAAACUGAGGAACAGAGAGGCUCAGUAAUUUCCCCCAAGCCCACACAGCUAGGAAUUAUUGCCAGCGGGGUAUUAUCCCAACCUGCUAGGUGUCAAGAGGACCGCUCCGAGCCACAAAGAGAUUCUGCCCUUGAAGAUUCUCGCAGUGAUGGGGGUGGGGGGGGCCCGGGUGGCUCAGUCAGUUAAGCGUCCGACUCUUGGUUUCAGCUUGGGUCGCGAUCUCACGGUUUGGUGAGUUCAAGCCCCGUGUCAGGCUCCGUGCAGGCAGUGUGGAGCCGGCUUGAGAUUCUCUCUCUCUCUCUCUCUCUCUCUCUGCCCCUCCCCCGGUCAUGUCUCCCUC